GCCGCCGGGUCGCGGCGGGCCUGCGCGGGCUUGGCCGCGGCGCGCCGGGCCGCGGCGCGCGUCGAGGCCGGCGGCGUGGAGGAGCAGCCACGGCGUCUGCUGCUCGAUACCGCCGUGGGCCUGGAGAGCGUGCUAGACCGGGAGCUGGCCGACCUGGGCAUCGAGGGCAGGAGGACCACGUACGAGGGCGGGGUCGCCCUGGAGGGCCCCGAGGCGUCACUCUGGCGCGUGGCGCUGCAGAGCAGGGUGGUGCAGUCGAUACGGGUGCUCACCAAGCUGCCCUUCCACUGCGCCUUCGACUCCACUCUGCGGAACCACGCGGCCGGGGCCUCGUGGAAGGACUUCCUGUGGUUCGGCCCAGAGGCGAGCACGCCGCGGAUCCGCGUGCAGGCCAGCGCGUCGGGGCCUCAGGUGUGCGACAAGUCGCGCCUGCACCACGUCGGCCUCGUGGAGGAGAGGGUGGCAGACGGCAUCGAGCAGCAGCGGCAGAGCUUCAUGAAGAGCAAGGUGCAGCGCGUCUCUGACAGCAAGGUCUACGACACCAGCGCGGCGGACCCGCGCCAGCCGACCGUGCACGUGGAGAUCCAGCGCGACGAGGCGCAGCUCAGCGUGGCCGCAACCGAGAAUCCGCACCGGCGCGCGUACGUGUACGCAGUGGCGGCCGCGGCGGCCGAGGAGGACGCGGCCUCGCCAGAGGGUGCCCCAACGGCUGCGGCCCUGCGAGAGUGUCCCCUGGGGGAAGCGCACGCUGCCGCAUGCGUGAUGCGCACGCCGCUGCUGCGCCACCUGGAGGCGGCCAGGGGCGCUCUCGGUGCAGAAGGACCCGGCCUGGUGGUGUGGGACCCCUUCUGCGGGCGGGGAACGCUGCUGCUGGAGGACUGGACGCGCUGCUCGGGCUGCUCCUCGUGGCGCUGGAACAAGAGCUGGUGUCAGGAGCUCUGGCAGUGCAGCUGCGGGAACGCCGUCGAGCCGUUCCGUCGGCACCCGCGGCGCCAGGCCUCCGCGGCGGCCCCAGCCAGCCUGGGCCGCGCGGGCUCCCUCGCCCAGUGUCCAUGGCGACGGCAGGGGCCUACCGACGGUGAGGCGAGCUCCACGGGCGGCGUGAGCAGGACCUCGGACCUGUCCUCCGUUCUCACGCAGCUGGCGGCCUCCAAGGGCCAAGAGCCCCAGGCGGCUGCUGCCAUCGAGCUGGUGCGGAAGCUGGUGGCGCCGCCCCCGCCUGUCGUGGAGGCCAAGCCGCCCGACGAGGUCUUCCGCAAGGCGGCAGGGCUCCACAAGGAGGCGGCCAGGAAGCACCAGGGCGCAGUCGACGCGGUGAUCAGGCUGGAGGACCAGCUCGCAGCGGCGCGUGAGAAGGAGAACGCGUUGGCCGUGGCGCUGGCGGAGGCGGAGCACUCCAAGCGUGUCGCCGCAGCAGCGGUGGCGCGCCAGGCCGCCGAGGUAGAGCGGCAGCAGGACCUCAGCGAGGACAUCUUCCAGCUCACGUGGGGCUCCAACUCGCCCGACCGCCUCAGCGAGAUCGACGAGGGCGACGCCGUGAUGAGCGACGCGGUCCUCGGCGGCAAGGCGGUGGUUGUGGGCGGCUCCGCAGGCGGCGCCGCGGAGAAGGGAGUGGCCUCCAUCGAGCAGGCUGCCAAGCAGAUCAGCGCCGCCAAGCUCUCUGCCGCGAGGGCCGCCAAGACGGCUGCUGCUGGCGGGGCGGCCGCGGCGCAGUCCAGCGCCGAGGGCGGGUCCCCGACCGCCGAGGCUGGCUCGGCCCGCGCCAGCACGGGUCUCGAGGGCGGCGUUGAGGAGAUCGACUCCAAUUUUGUCUGCAGUGGGGGCCAUCGCUUAUUCUUUGCGAAUAUCACGGAGAUGGGACCACUGGCAUGGGGAUUUGUGGAGGAGUCGGUCGAGCGGUUCAACACGUUCUGUUUCGCCGAGACACACGUGCAGGGGAGCCACUUUGAGAAGUGGCGUGUUGCAGCCAAGAAGCUCGACCUCAAGAUCUUGGCCAAUCAUGCGAGGCCCUCCAGGAAGGGCCUCUUAGAAG